UCGUUUUUUGAAAUUUCAAUACCAGAGGACGCCCAAUGUCGCGUCGUUCAUCCAUGAUCGCGGGCGCAGGAGCACGAUGGUCGUCCUCCGGGUUGCCGUUUGACAGGAGUUUCAGUCGGUGCCGGUCGGUCCCGAGAACCGUUCACGUCUGGACAUCCUGCGGGACGCAAAAUCUAAGAUGGCAACAGAUAUGUACAUUUGAUAGGACGGUCCAUUCGAUCAGGGAGAAAGCCGAUUCCGGUUUUAACGUAACGCGCGAUAAUGAGCGAGUGAAAAUAGAGAGAAAAAAAAAGAGAGAGAAAGAGAGAAGGUCGCGAUGAACGAAUAAGUACAGGUGUAACAUCAUCAGUCGCGCAUCAUCCGAGAGGGAGGGAGGGGGGUGGUACGAUAUUACCCUCUUCUCGGCACGCAUAAUCGCCGAGGAAAGACCGGAUCGAGAGUGGCGGACUGCUAGUCGUGCUGUGACGGAAGUUAGGGGGCUCUCGACGACAUGCCCUUGACGAAUCGCAACGGAAGAUAAAGGUGGGACCCAAGGAACGAGCAUCUCAUCCUAAAGGGAGCAGCGGGAGAAGAAAAUAUGGGAAAAGGGGACAAGAGAGGCAUCGCGCAGCGCAGUGAUGGUGCCAGCACCAAUCUCGUCGGCAAAUUCACGCAGAGCGUUCGAAGGAUCGUCCAGGACGUGAAGGAUGAAGGCACUUCCAGUGGGCAAACGAAGGAGGAGGUGAUCGAGACGAACGAGAGGCUGAGAGUCGUCAGGAUACGCCUGGACGGCAGCUACGACACCGCCAAGAGAGCCCUCGUCGAUCUGAUGUGCAAGUACACCGACAGCAAGCAAGUCCGUAACGUGUUCCAGCGUUACAAUCUCCUCAAAGUUAUGAUCAAGGAUGUAAUUAAGCUGGAGACGCAGUAUUGGACGCUGGUGGAUAUACCGAGGCAGGAGAAGCAGGAGACCGUGCCCGCCUUCGUGUUGCGUGCCUGCUCCAUCAUGGAGAAGACCCAUAAGAGCGGGGAAGGCGUGAAAACUUCGGCGCGUCUCGCCGAGGAGGCCGAGACCAAGAGGGAGCGUAUCGAGAGACUCGAGAGUAUGACGACGGCCCAAAUCGAAGCGGAGAACACCCAGAUGACCAAUGAUCUGUACAGAUUAUUGAAGAAGUACACGGGUCUCAGGAAUCUCAUCAAAGAGUUGAAAGAGGAGUACAACAGCUCGAAGGUGUAUCCAAUGUUCCCGCGUUAUACGAUACUGAAGGAUAUGAUAAAGGACAUAAUGCACAACCCGGACUACAUGGAGGUCUGUCACGAGGUGGACCAAGCAUAGCGGCCGGACCCCCUCCACCGUUCGCCACGUAUGACCCUGUAAAUUCUUCGGGGUCUCCGCGUGCUCGUCGGUGAAGGGGGUGAAUCACAAAGCGCUUCAACAUCAACUGGCUGGAUUUCAGUUUGGAACAGUAACGCCUUGCAAUUCUUUUCUUCACGUCCUGUCCUAUACAUUUCCGUUUCCUUAUCCACGUACAAGCCGUUUGCCAACGGGGCCGCCGUCUUCGAAUCUCGGAGCAACUCUUGGAGUAUCGAGUUGCGUUACCGUUUGUGUUUAUAUCGUACUGGCGAAUCGUAUACAAUUUCUCGCAGGUAAGUUAGAUUCAAUCCCGAGCGAGAAAUGGGAGAUAAUGAGGGAUUGGGUUUCGCGCGAAAGUGCAUUAUCGAAUGUCGAGGAGUAGCGAUGGAUCCCCUCAUCGUGUUGUAACAGCGCCGGAACAUCACGAAGAUGGAAUAACCGUCGAACCAAGGUAUGUCACGAGGUCAUUUUUACAUCCGCGAAAAUGCUGCUACUUGCAGUUUAAUCAUCGCGAAAAAAUUGAGAGCAAGAAACAUUAUUCGAUUCUUGGAGAUAAAGAUAUAUAUUACUUUGCAGAAAAAAAAAAUAAAAUUAAAACUUUUAUAAAUGAAUUUAAUACAUAUAAUUUAUUCUUAUUAAAUUCGAGAGAUAAUCAUUAAAGAUUAAAAAGGGGUGAUAUUUCCCGUUGAAUUUUCGUUAAAAAAUCUGUUUGAUGUUUCAAGUUGCUCAAAGAAUUCGCGCAGAUGAAAUAAUGGCGAUUAUUCUAGAACUUGCUUUAUUAAAUCCAAUAUUUUUUGAACCUCCACUUUGUGGAAGGAAAGACUAGGAAGUCCCAUUCGAAAUAAAUCCAAGUAGCAGGAUUUGCGAGAUUUCAGCCGUAGAAAGCCGAGAGGUGAUUUUACAGUUUCUGAUUUCGCGUCGGAAUAGUCGCUCGUACAUCACACACAAAAGAGGCUAGUCGCGUUAUUAUUGAUAGUGGAUGUCGUGUGCACGUGGUAUACCAUUAAUCAAUUAAUAACAGUUCGCAAGAUCAAGUAAAUUCGUAUGAGCCUGUGAGUUUGUACAUAGGUGUAACUCGUGUAUGUGUGUAUGCGUGUGUGCGUGCACAAGAUUAGCGUGAAAUUGUGAGAGUGACGUCAAUGUGGAGCAUACUAUUACCUGUGCUUCCUGCUGUGUAGGAUUCGCAUAAUAAGGGACAUCGUCGUGAUCGUCGGUCUAACGCGAUUGAAUUUAAUCGCUUUAUCAACAAACAGGACAAAGAUCGGACGAUUCGAUAUGUUUGAGCAACGUUUUCCGCAAAAAGGAAAGAUGUAUUUAUAACGAGAAACGUUGAUUAAUGAUUUAACGCUUGAAGGAGUUUGAGAUUUUACAUGGUUAAUCUUAAAUGGAGAUUUUAUUGGAGAUAUUUGGAUAUGUAUUGUGGAUAAAUGAAUCAUAUAUUUAGUGCGUAUAAAUAUUGGAGUAUUUGAAUUCCUAGCUUUUACCUACAAACAGGACAAAGAUCAGGCGAUUCGAGGCGUUUCAAUACCGAAAAAAAAAAAAAAUACAUUUAUGAUAAGGAAUAUUAAUUAAUGAUUUAUCGCUUGAAGAGCAACUAAGAUUUACACGAUUAACUUUAAAUGUGAGAAUUUUAUUGGAAUGUUUGGGAAAAAAAUACAUGUAGAUUCACAAAAGCACCAUACAAAAUGCGAAUUCAUAUCUUGAAAUUGAAGCAAAGGAGUUUGAAAAACGUAUGAAUGCAAAUUUAAAGUGGAACUUAACAGAUCUGAUUUAUGUCAAUCAAAUUUUUUCAGAGAUAGAUUAUAAAUUUAUAGAUAAUAUAAAUCUUUUCUCCUUACAUUUCACACAGUUGGAAAUUAAAUAAAACAAUCUAAAGAAUACUUUUUUCGAGCAAAAUUUUAAUCAAAAAUCCAUCUUUAUGAUAUAAUUUUUAUUUUUAUUUUUAUUUUGUUUAUAUGUUAUUCAUAUUUUUAUCGAUUACUCAUUUUAUAAUCAUAAAUAUGCACACGAUGCUGAAUAUUAAUCGACAGUUCGUCUUUGUGUAUGUAAAUCAUAAAUAUUAAUGAUUCCUUAUUUAAAGUACACGCAAUGCCUCCAUUACGAAUCGCGAGAUAAGCUAAGAUUGCACUCGUGUCGUAUGAAUCAAUGUGUUUCUUUCGUGCGGGAAGCGGAAUGGCAAAAAUGUCACGUAUACAUAUGCAUUCUUAUUUUUAAUGCAAUGCAUUCGUACACGAUAGGAUAAAAUAUUCACAUCCAUACAUUUAGUGCUAUAAAUGCGCUUCUUUCGAAUAUUUAUAUCAGGCGUGAUUUCCGCGCUAAAUACAUUCACAUUCGAGUAGAAAGGAAAUUACUCAUUAAUUGAAUAUCAUUGAUCAACGUGAUUCACAUAUAAAACUCAUCAUGAAAUAGCGACAUUUAUAGCUUGAUAUGCAGUGACAAUUUAUAUGCUUAACAAUAACGGCCGUGAGUAUAACAUUCCCCUUACAUAUUUUAUUUUGAAUAACAAAGAAUGCUUCGGGAGAGAUUUAUUAAUUUAAUUUCGCAUAAUGAACAUAUCAUCAAAGUCAUAUUUACUAUAUACACUCCGAUGCGAAAAAAACCUCGAGAAAUUGUGCGAAAAAAUGUUUAAAUAAAACAGAAGCUUGAGAAAAUGUCAAAAUUUUUUCGCGGAAAAUUUUCCGUGUUUAUCUCGAUAUUACAUUUAAAAAAAAAAAAAUUUUUUUUCAAAAUAUUGUACAAUUAAACAAAUAAAUGAUUCGUGAAUUUUAAAACAUUACGGCGGAGAAAUGAACGACAAGUUCGAAAGUAAUAGUAACGAGCGAAAUUAAUUAAAAACUUUUGAAUUGUCAAAGUUUCACCUGUCAAUUAAUUAGCGCGAAAGGACACACGAUGGUCCGUUAACAAAAUGGAAAAUAACUUUUUCGCACAAAUAUCUUCUCCCCGAGGGACUUUCGCUCGCUAGUAUUUGCAUCCAUGUAUACAUGCGUAUGCAUAUCGUGCCGUUCGAUAUUGACAAACACAGGGGAUGUUAUCGGAUCACCUAUCCGACGUUAUAUGUGCCAUGUUCUUCAAGUGCUAUACCUCAAUGUAAGUAUUUAUGUAAAAACAAAAAAAGACGCACGUAACGCUGAUUACUCGUAAUUGCAGUCGCACAUGGUGAAUUAACGCCGGUAAUUAAUUCGCGGCGCGUAACAGGAGGAUCUUUUAGGAUUUUGUUGUUCUCAUAUUGUUAAGAUCUAAAUAUAACGAUGUAUACUAUACUAAACUACAUAUAUAAAGAAAGACAAAUGGCUGACAGCCCGAAAUCAAAAUACGAAAUAUAAUGCGCGGCAGACAUUGGGACGACGAAUGGAGGCCCCACUCCUCGUACUGCGGGCCCUUUCCAAUGUUUGGCGAUGAUUAGUGCCCCCCUCUCCUUCUCCCUCUCCCCUUAAUAUUGUCUCCCUUUUAAACCGUGUAGCACUGUAUAAUCAAAAGGAUUGUAAUUUAUCAAAAUGUCUAAUCAAAUUCAAAUAGUAUCCUUGAUCAUCAUUUAUGAAGCUGGAUACAGGCGGGAAAACAUAUAAUGUGAUUUGCGAGAUCAAAAUAUAUAAUACUUUUUAUAGUCUCUGAUUUUCAAUUGAAUAUAAAAAUCAAAAUUUCUAUCAAAAAACAAUAUUUUUAGAAAGUGUCUCUUUCCUCUUCACAAAAAAAAAAAAAA